CCUUCCCACUUCCCCUCGCUACCAUUUCAAAUCGCUCUCUCUACACAACACCCAAUUCUACUCGCCGUCGUUCCCUCAAUUCAUCAUCCAUCCCCAUCCACCCCACCGACUCUCAGAUCUCUCUCCCCCUCUCGCUCUCCUCCCUCUCCCGCGCGCGCUGCGGCGGAUGUCGUCGUCGGCGCGCUUCGAUCUCCGGGCCUCGUCGCAGCAGCUGCAGCCGCCGCCGUCGCACGCCAGCAUGAGCGACGGGGGCGCGUUCGCAAACGCGGGGAACCUGGAGCACUGCGCCCGGUACCUCAACCAGACGCUCGUCACCUUCGGAUUCCCGGCAUCUCUCGACCUCUUCGCCACCGAUCCGGUCUCGAUUGCAAGAACAUGUAACUGCAUCUAUGCACUGCUGCAGCAGCGGCAGAGGGAUAUUGAGUUCAGGGAGUCCACAAAUGACCAGCGGCAGCGGAUGCAAUCUGACAUAUCACGACUGGAAGCCAAGAUUGAGAGAAUGGAUGCCCAAUUAGCAGCGAAAGAUCGAGAGCUAGCCACUCUUACUCGAACGGAGGCGAAAAACACUGCUGCUCUGAAGUCUCAGAUUGAUAAGCUGCAACAAGAACGUGAUGAAUUUCAGAAAAUGGUUAUAGGAAAUCAGCAAGUACGCACCCAGCAAAUUCAUGAAAUGAAGAAGAAAGAGAAGGAAUACAUAAAGUUGCAGGAGAAGCUAAACCAGGUAUUGAUGGAGAAGAAAAAGGAAUCAUCCCGUUCUGGAAUGGAGAUAAUGAACUUAUUGCAGAAAGAAGGACGGCAACGCGGAACAUGGAAUGGAAAAAAGAAUGACAAUGAUUAUUACAAAAUGAUUGUUGAUGCAUAUGAAGUCAAGAAACAAGAGCUGAUGCAAGAGAAUGCAGAUUUACGGGCACUGUUACGUUCAAUGCAGAUGGACAUGCGUGAGUUCCUCAAUGCACCGAAUGGAUCAUCACAACCUACUGUUACUGCUAAUGGAAGACAGGAGUCAGGGUCUCCUCAGUCUCCACUUGGUGGCAAGACGGAUGUCUUUGACCUGCCCUUUCAUAUGGCUAGAGAUCAGAUAGAAGAGAGUUUGCGCACAAAAAUGACUUCAAUCAAGGCACGAAUGACUCAACUUCAAGAUGCUCAGAAAGGUGCAGAAGUGACUUCUGAGGCAACUGACCGGGAGCUUGAGCUUGAAGCUCAGCUGGUUGAAGCAAGAAGCAUCAUCCAAGAGCAGGCUUCCAUCAUGUCGAAGCACUUCACCAAGUCUGAUAAGACAAGUGGCAGGAGGCAUAGCGGUCUGGAUGGUGAGCGCGAGGCACCUGCCGAGGUGUAAAAACAUGUCUGUAGCAAGGAUAUCUGUUCUGCAAGGCCUCCUGUUUUUAGUAAGUACUGAGGUAGUAUGUUGCAGGAUAACAUCGUUCUGUGCUGUUGUAUUAUGUAUGUUGCAGGAUAACAUCGUCUUGUGCUGUUGUAGUUGUAGCCCGAGUCUAAGUGCUGUCUAUGCAGUAUGAUGUGCAGGAGCAUCUCCUCCGCACAUGGCUAACCAGAUCAUAUCUAAUAGUCACAUGUAGCGUAACUGUAAUCAUAUUCAUACUGUAUGAAGAAUGUCAGUGUAGCAACCUUUACACCCCUGGAAAAAAUGGACCUUUCGUGCCUUACAUCUUAAAGAGUGUUCGCAUGCUA